AUGUCUAAAUCCAACGGUAGCGUCUGCGUCACGUGUAACAUCAACAGAGAUACGAACUACGGGCUGAAGCUGAAACCUGGCGAAAAGUACAUCUACCGGUUAGAGCUCGGCUCCACCGACAGCGUCACGGUGACCUACAAUGAUACUAAGCAAUACGGCAUCCCGUACAACGUCACCAUGAAUUUGAACGAUGACCCAAACAAAACCGACUCCGACGUCUGGAACAGUAAUGUAAACAACAUACAAACAAGUGGACGCGAUCUGACCAUAAACCUGAAGCCAUCCACGUUUGGUAAAUUUUACGGAAUCCACGACUUUCGAAUCGAGCUGGGAAAUGGAGAUGACUAUGAUAUCCUAGAGAUAUUUGUCUACUAUGACGAACGUCCGGUGGGUCUGCAUGCCGACCAGCACCAGUUUGUGUGCAUUCACAGAAACUCCACGUUUAUGGCGUUCAUCGAGAAUGGCACAACGCUGCUGGUCGAAUGGAUGAUAGAUAAGCAGAAUUCCACAUUGUACGAUUACAGGGACAUCGUCAAGCCGCGCCGUUUAAACCACACCGGCAUCUAUCACGACAUAGCCAAUAUCAACAUGACCGUCAUCGCUACCAACGAAAUCGGUGGCAUCUCGACAUCUUUUAUCCUACACGUCCUGCACCCAAUCCAGGGGAUCGCGUUUAAUGCAAACAACACUGAACUGGAACCAGGAGAAGUACUAACACUUAGCAGAAUGUUGUCUGACAAUCUACCAGAACCAAUGGGCAUGGUCAACGUGACUAUCGACUAUUCGGACGGACAUCCACCAGUUACUAUUGGUCUCAUUAACAAAAAAACAACGGGUGAUGAAUUCAGAAGCCAGAAGUACCAGAGACAGGGUGAUUUCAACAUCAGUGUCAUCAUGAGUUCACAGGUAGACACCGUGGAAAAGAAUAUUUCUAUUCAAGUGUGGCACAAACUUAAUAUUUCGCUGAAAGUAAAUAGAACAACAUGGGCAGUUGGAGACAAAGUUGUCUUCGAACUAACAAAUAUACCAGAUUAUGGUUUCAAUUACAUCAUACAAUAUGGAGAUGGGCGGCAAACCCAUCAAAGUGACGAGCAGGUGUUAUACUCACAAAACAAACUUAAGAUUUUAACCCACGUGUACGAGAAGAAAGGUGAAUACACGCUUCAAGGCAGGAUGUUUAAUAAAUUGCAUGAUAGCAACAAUUCAGCACAUGUAAUCAUUGAGUAUCCAGUUCCUGAAAUGACUCUUUUACCAAACAAUGCUACCUACCCAGUUCCAGACGGUAAGGUCUUGUUUUCGCUGAAUGUGCCAAAAAAUAUUCCAGUCCCAGAAAAUGGCCAAUGUUUGUUUGAAUUUGAAAAAGACAAAGCAGUGAAAAUGGUUUUGAAUGUCACUUACGAACGGCCACUAGUCUACGAAUACACAUUUUCCAGAAAAGGAACAUAUAAGGUUAACGUCACUUGUAAUAAUACUGUAAGUAAGAACGUAUGGAAGAGCGAAGUCACGCUUGCACCAUUCCGUGUUGACGAGUUAAAACCGAGUUUGUUUGGACCAUUAGCCGUCGGUGAUACAGAGGAGUCCACGACCGUUAAUUUCAGCUUGAAUUUCGGUAACAUGGUCCGGCCUCCACACAAUGCAUCGGUUUUUUGGAACUUCAAUGACACAACUACUGUACAAGAAGAAGAUUUAACAAACUGGACAAAAUCGCACACAUUCGAGGAUAAAGGGAUAUACAACGUAAAGGUGACAGUAUCCUACAGCGGCAUCACAAAGGUGAUAGAGUUUCCUGUUCGAAUUGGAAUAGUGUUACUGUUUGUCAAUCAGACAGCUGGUCGCGUUGAUCAAGACUCGUUCAAGUUCACUGCUGAUGUUCCGCCAGGAAGUAAUCUUCGACUCCUGCUGUCGUUUGGUGACAGCGAAGACCAGGGCGUAAGAAGUAAUGAAUCUGUCUUGCAUAUGUACGAAAAAGCAAACAUCUAUCACCCGAGACUUACGGGAGAAAACGAAACGUUCUCGGAGACGAUGGUACUCAAGACUCCUCUGGUUGUGGACUAUUCCAUCGACACGAUGGAGAUAAGCAUGGAAGGAAACAUAACGCACCCGCCGGGAAUGCUCAAAGUACGCCUUUCUGUACCUAAAGGUGGUCACGCCAUAAGAAACCUCUCAUGCCAGCUUUUAUUUGGUGAUGCUAUUGAUCGCCAGACGUACAAAUGGACCGUCGAUCUUGGACGUGGAGCGCACGUGAAUUACCCGUACAGUUACAAAUCCCUUGGUAACCAUGGUGUUACAGUGAACUGCUUUAAUCUGAUCAGCACCAAGAGGGUGCAGAGAAAUGUCACUGUAACAAACGGAUGUUUUGACGACGAAGGCAUGUUUGAUCGACAGCAUUCCUUCAGCGAUUCCCCUCUGGCAGUGUACUCCCACUCCAGAAUCGUAGUCCGAGGACGAGUUGCCGUUAUUUGCUACGACAGAGACCCCGUGUACCAGUGGACGGUGCGAAAGAGCAGCUCCAGUCACUGGGAAGACAUAUCGCUUACGGACCCGCCGUCAUCUGAAGUGUUUGAGUUUAAGAAAUCGCUCCUCUCGGCUGGUCUCUAUCAACUCAGUCUGAACAUCAGUUUUCGGCAAUUGCGUGACAACUGGCUUGCUGAGACUACCUACGUUCAACUUAUUGAUGCGCCUCUAGUAGCCAAUAUCGACGGUGGGAAAAUUCGGGUGACACCUUCAGAAGACGUUCUCAUAGAUGCGGUCUCACGGUCGUAUGACCCUAAACUUGGCCUUGGGAAGUCCGAUCGGCUCUUCUUCAACUGGACCUGUGGCUGGUGUCCCAGCACGUCCAUACAAGAACUGGAACGAUGUCAAGAUAAUUUAAGUCACGUGGCAUGUGAUGAAAUCUCCAAGCCUGUGAAAAAUGGCGCAAUACUGUUUCUGGGCAGCAAGGUUCGGCGUUUUAGAGGAUACAUGUUCGAGGUCAGAGUAACAUUUGGAGGCAGGUCAUCAUUGCCAGCUAAACAGCUAAUUCAAAUCAAGUUAGGGGCGCCAUUGCUGAAAAUCACCUGUGUGAUUAACUGUGAGAUGAAAACAGCCGUGUCGUCAGAUUUGUCCGUCGAGUCCGAGUGUUUGUCAUGCGUCGGACAGGAGCGGUUCCAGGCUCGGUAUUCGUGGACACUGACGCGGAAAAACAGCAAGGAGAAACAAAUCAUUGUUCCCCAUUUUCAACAGAAUAUUAUUAACACUGGGGACAACCAGUCGGCUAUCGUGAUAAAGAAAGACUUUCUAGAACCCGGUCAAGAGUACAGUUUAAACUUGUGGAUGAAUUUGCCUGGGAGCAAGUCUAGUGGAUUUGCCUCACUAGCCAUUGUCACCAACAUUCCGCCGCGUGGAGGAAACUGUAGUGUGCAACCCACGACAGGCUAUGCAUAUCAAACCGGCUUUGUGAUCAGCUGUUUUGGGUGGCAGGAUGAGGGUUAUCGCGCCAACACAUCCGAUACCCGCGACGGUAAAGAACCCAAGGGCUUCACGUACAUUCUAGCCAAAGAUGACUUCCAGUUAGUGCUGCGAACUGGGGUGGAAAGUACCUCUCCACGUCUGUUACUGCCGAUCCAACCUAAACUGACGUCGACGUACCAGUUAAUAGUUCGUAUACUGGAUAUACUCAAUGACUACACUGAUUACUCUAUGAAUGUGACGGUAUUAUCCCCAAUCGAGCAUUUGAAUAAGACAGAAGAGGACUACGAAUAUGAUCCGGAAGAGGAAGCCAUUACGUUUGCCUCUGUGAAGAAGAUCAUUGAUGCCGCAAACCAAACCAUGGCUGAGGCCAUGGCUUCCACUAAUCUGCUGAAGAACAUGAACGUCUUUACGUCACUGGCGUCCGUCCUAAACGACGUGAAAGUUCCUAACGAAACCACUCUGGUUUCUACGAAACUGAAAACGUAUACGACGUCGACACAGUGGAUAAAACUGUGGAAAGAUUACCAGACUCCCAGAGAUGGUAAAGUGACGACAAUGAUAGCAACGAAGACUGAGGAGAUGACGAGUAUCGUGUCGUCCCGCCUCACGGAGAUCGACCAGUUCGACGAGGACCAGCUGUCCACGCUCAGCGAGGGAAUGGCCGUCAUCCUGCAGCAGACGACCAAAACAACGCUCGUGUCCGCGCAAAUCAGUAGUACGGUUGUGAACCGUGCAUCAAAGGUGCUGAAUAAACUGUCGCGGAAAAAGCCAUAUCCGAUGAAAGAAAAAAUAGUAACAGCAAUAAAAGGCACAGUGAGUUUCAUUAACAAGAUUCUGAAGAAGGCAUUACCAGAUCCGAACAAGUCUCUCCCGUCAGACGUGCACGAGGACAUAGUUCCCGAACCCGAUGGGACGUCCGACACUCACAAGGAGGAGAACAUGUUCCUCAUCAAGAAAACAGCACAAGCUAACCUCGUCAAGAGAUUCCAGCAAAUUAACAAGGCCCAAACCUCUCCUAAAACAGCUCCCUAUCUCCCUCCAAAAAUGUUUUUAAAAUUUUCCAAGGAUAUAAUGAGGAACAUCGAGCAGGCGCUGCCGAACGUCCUUGACACGAUGAGCAGCCUCCAGGUGAAAGGUGAAGGACCGCUGGUGAUCGAGCGUGGGGAAAUCACAAUGAUUACCGAGAAGAAGGACAUGGAGAUGGGUUUAGAGUUUCCCAUCCUCGUGUCUCCCUACUUCACGAUGCACGUCCACGAGGCAAUAUUCGUAGACACCGGUACUUUACGAGAUAAUGACUUCAGCGAUACAAACGAAUCAGAGGGAGAGAGUGAUGUAGUCAGUGAUGAACACAAGACUGAUGAUGAUGAUGCUGUUGGUGUGGAGAAGACAACUGAGAAGAAGAAAAAGAAGAUACAGUAUGUUAAGUUACAGGCUAUUGAAUUUAAGAAGAAUCCUUACAUCUAUGGAACGGACGCAGAAACCCACGACGUUACCUCUCCAGUUCUGAAACUGACACUCAAAGACGCAGGCGAUAACCCCAUACCCAUCGACUUCGCCUUGAAGAUGCGUAUCGCCAAAUCUACGACUUCCUUGGAGACGUACAACACUCGGGACGGCGUGACCGGACCCUCUGGGUUUCUGUACCACCACUUCAGACUUAGAAAUCAGCACGACGUCACGUCCAUCUUCAUCCGCAUGAAGCAGACGACAGUGAACGUCACGUGCUUCCUCCGCGCGAAACGUCCGCCCACUCUGAAGAAGUUUGACACAAAAGCGACCGCUGAAGCUGAAGAUGUGGACGGCAAACCAGGUUUCAGGGUGUUCAUACCACCGAAAACCCUCCAGGCGGGGCUCAACUAUCUUGGCAUUCAAAUGUCCAGUGACCAAACAACGCAUUCUGAUGUAAAACAGCGACGUCGACGAAGCGUUGAUGAUAAAUUGGCCAAUAUGACACAAAAUGGAGUUGGCGACUCUAACGUCGUUGAGUACGAAAUGACGCUGCACACAGAAGGAUGUCGUGUCUGGGAUGAGAAGAAGCAGAAAUGGGACAAAGAAUUUUGUACGGUAUCGAAAUUCACAACAAUAGCCGAGACAUUUUGCAUCUGUGGACCAAAUGCACCGGGCAACUCGUUUGCCACUUCUUUUUAUGUCCCGCCUAAUGCCAUCGACUUCAACCUGGUGUUUACAAAGUUUGACAUCUCCAAUGCGGCAGUGUACGGCCUUCUUAUCGCCGUGGGUGCUGUGUAUGUGUUGUGGGUGCUGUGGGCAAGAAAACAGGAUAAGAAGGAUAAAGAGAGGUGGAAGAUUGGGUACCUGAAGGACAAUCUAGUGAUGGACAAGUAUUUCUACCUGAUAUCGAUCUACACUGGUCUUCGUAAGAACUCUGGCACACGGUCUAACAUCAGUUUUGUGCUGUCCGGAGAUUUUGGAGACACGGGUGUCCGGCAACUCACAGAUGGAAAACGGACAAUAAACACUGGUUCAGUAAUGAACUUUAUAAUGAGCGUAUCGGCGCCUCUAGGUGAUCUGUCGUACCUGAGGAUAUGGCACGAUAACGCCGGAGAGGGGACUUCCGCUUCCUGGUUCCUCAACAAGUUAGUGGUGGAGGAUCUGCAACAGCAGUUGAGAUAUAUAUUCACCUGUGACAGAUGGCUUUCGGUCGACAAGGACGACGGACUCUUGGACGUUGUUCUCCCAGUAGUCGUCAAGGACGAGUUCAUGACGUUCGAUAAGCUGUUUUCCGAGCACGCUCGCCUCAACAUCACAGACACUCACUUGUGGCUGUCCGUCUUCAUGAGGCCAGAACGCUGCACAUUCUCGCGUGUGCAACGUGUAUCAUCCUGCCUCGCGCUUCUAAUGCUCGUGAUGAUCACGAGCGCUAUGUUCUACAAGACAGAAGCGGAAAAGGAGGACGAGGAGACGAUUCGCCACGAGGUGAAAAUCGGAAUUCUCCGCUUCUCGAUGACGGAAUUUUUCAUUUCCACCGUCAGCCUGCUUCUGACGAUGCCGCCGAUGGUGUUGUUGGUAAUGUUGUUUAAGUCGUGUAAGCCGAAACGCAAGGCGUUGUUAAGGAGAACAGGUUCCAAUCAGAGUCCGGAUUCGCUGGCAAAAAGCAUCAUGUCAGACGACGUCGAAGAUGACGUUCUUCAGAGGCGCUACCACAACAAACCACUGCCUCAUUUCUGCAUAUACGUGGCGUGGUUUCUGUUGGCCACAAUCGUGCUGACGUGCAGCUUCUUCCUCGUGCUCUACAGCAUGCAGUGGGGUAAGGCGACGUCCGAGGCGUGGCUGACGUCGUUCGUCGUCUGUUUCAUAGAGAGUAUUGUCGUCAUUGACCCCUUGAAGGUGGUGUUGGUAGCAUUGAUGUUGACAUUCUGUCUUCGAGAUCCGUUCUUCACUAAGGGUGAUGUUGAUAUGAAUCGAGUGGAGACUGAAGCAGAGAAGUUUGGAUUAAUAAAAACGGAUGAGUUGAAGAACCUGCCGGAACCGCUCCCGCCGUCGGUGCUCGCCAAGGCUCGCAGACGGCGCCGUAAGGAGAUGAAAGCUCAGAGCGUGUUCUUCGAGCUCAUCCAGUACGUGGUGUUCCUCUUCGCGCUCUACAGUCUGUCGUUCGGCAACCGCGACGACCGCUCCUACAUGAUACACGCCAACAUCGAGCACAACCUCUUCAAACAGGGACUCAACAUCGAGUACCCUUUUGAACUGAUUCAAAGCCAUGCUGAUUUUCUUACUUGGGCCAACGAGACUUUUAUACCUCGCAUGUUCCCAGAAAAAGACACCAGAGGUUGGCGGUUGCCAUGGACUACCAGACUGUUCUUUAGUGACUUCACCAGCUUCCGUGUGGGUCCUGCCAGGAUUCGUCAAGUCAGAAUGCCUCGCCGUCAAAGUCCAUUUUACGGGAACAAAUAUAAAAGUCUUGUGUCCGAUAUAACCUAUUAUGGCACUUACUCGAUUUUCGGUGAAGAAUCGGGUAACUACUGCCUCGGCUGGCAAAAUGAGCCCUGCCCACUGAGUGAAGAGGCUGCCCACUUCACGUCACCAGCGUGGAGGUACACUCAAUCCAGUGAUGUGUGGGGAAUCCCCGUCCCAGGACAGUACAGAGUCUACAGCGGCGGCGGCUACAUCCUGGAGCUGAACGUAAACUACGACGUGUCUAUGGAGAUGGUGAACGAGCUGUACUCCAUGUUGUGGCUGGACCGACAGACCAGGGCAGUGUUCGUUGAGUUCACUCUUUACAAUCCUUUCGUCAACAUCAUGGCGCACUGUCGAUUCACUGCAGAGUUCCCAGAAAUUGGGAGCACCAUAGUCUGGAAGGACAUCAUGACUUUCAGACUCGCCCAGCACCUGGGUCCAAUUGGGGCAUACGUGCUCCUGUGCGAGGUGGUCAUCGGCAUCAUCAUGGUCAUGUUCACGGUGAAUAUUGUGAAGAAGCUGUACGACCAGAAACUCAGUUACUUCACUCACAUCUGGCAGACACUUGACUUCAUAACCGUCAUCUGGUGUCUGGUGGCGAUUGUCUUCUACAUAAUCCGGGAGGUGAAUGCCGCAGAGACGCUGAAACGCUUUCGUGAAAACCCAAAGAGGUUCAUCAACUUCCAGCACAUUGCCAUAUGGGAUUCCCUGUUUGUGUAUACUCUCGGUGCUCUCGUCUUCUUCACCACAAUUCGAGUCCUGAGGAUUCUUGGUUACAACAGACGAGUCACCGUGAUUGCAGCAGUUCUGUCCUACUCCGGACGAGAACUGUUUGGCUUCAGUGCUGUCUUCAGCAUCGUCUUCUUCGCCUACGUCCUCAGUGGAUACAUCCUGUUCUCGGCGUACUACUACAGCUACCACACGAUCUACGAUUCCAUGUUCACGAUCUUCACCUACAUGCUGGGCAAGAACAUUAUGGGUCGCCUGAUGUUGGUCGCCCCGAUAUGGGCUCAGCUCUACUGUCUGACGCUAGUGUUCUUCAUCAUCUUCGUUCUGCUGACGAUGUUUCAGGCCAUCAUGAACAACAGCAUGACCGUGGUGAGGGACAACAUCAAGAAGGUGCAGUCGCCGUAUGGCCUGAUUGAUGUCCUUGUUAACAUCUACCGCGGCCUCAUUCGAGACUGGUUGCCAGAGAGUCUCUUCAAAGUGCCAGACGAUGGCCGUAAAGAGAAGCUCGGAGCCCGACAGCUUCAGCAGCUAAAGAAAUAUGAUCCAGACAGAUCGCAGCAUGUGAAAUCGAUUCUAGACCCAAACCAGUUGGUGGUGCUUGAAAAGAACUUUCUGGAGAAGGAACUCGAGAAGGAUGACAAAGAGGAACUGAAUGUGACGUCACUCAGUAACUCGGUGUGUUAAGAAUGAAAUUACAGAACAUAGCCAAGAUUACAGACGCAGUAAUGUACUGACAUUUAUCAAAGAUUGUCAGUCCCGUUGAGCUUUUCGUUUGAUUUUGGUGUGGGUUGGGGUUUUGUUUUAGCUUUUCUGCUGCUGGUGCUGAUGAUGUUGUUAUUGUUUUUGCUGCUGCUGCUGCUGUUGUUAUGACUGCUGUUGAGGAGUGUGUUGUUGGGGUCUCUUU